UCGAAAUGUAAAUAAGAAAUACUCAAGUUAAUAAAGAAAAAAAGGAAAAAAAAGAGGUGGCCAUGAGGGAAAGGAAAUUUGAAUGGAAAGAUAUGUAUAAUGCAUUGGAGAUGGGUAGCUGGUAAGAAGUAUGUAGUCUGCUACAAAUCUGGAUAUGAGACUGGGGGUGAAUUUGAAGGAAUCAAGGAAGCAAUGAAGAUGUAAAUUUAGCCUACCUGCUUCCCAGGCCAAUUGGACAGUGGGUUCAGAGUGAUAUGUGUUCCAUUAUAAGAAGUUUAUCCUUAGAAGGGGACAAGCAGUAAUGCAUAUGACAUUUUAGAAGUCAUAUGAAUGAAGUUUAGUGUCUGCAUUGACAUUGAUGCACAGACUAGAAGUUACUAGACCAAGUAUUAGAUUAACUUCUGAAUUUUAUUUAUGAUUGGUUAUCUGUGUUACAAAAUGGCAUUAAUUUUAGGUAGAAUCCAUAAGUGUGAUUACUGUGAAAGAAUAUACCCAUACAGGAUACUUUGCUGAAUGCUGAAAAGUCAGUAUGUGAGACUACCUCUGCAUAUAAUGGAUGAUGACAUCAUAAUGGGUCAGGUGUUUGCAUAGGCCCUGUGUGGAAUGGAUAUGUAUGACUUUUUAACCUCAUUAACCUCAUUUCUUACUUUGGAUCCCAUGAUGAAAUUCACAUAUGAGAUUUCAAAUGGCUUUCUGACAGAGGCCUGGGACUAACUAUCCCCAGAACAUCUAUGCCAUGAACAUUAAUCAAUUAACUACCCUAAGGAAAGAAUGGACGAUCUUAAAAACAUAUUUUCCAUCUUAUGGUUCAUAUUUACUUCAAAUGUAAAGCCCUUGGGCCAAUUGUUUGCAUUCCUCUAAGGACAGUUGGACAGAGUCAGAAGAAAGUAACUCAGGGAGUUUGUGGUCAGAUUGAAUGACAAGGAUUCAUGACCAAUUUGAGUUGCCUCUCUAGUCAGUAAUGGUAAUAAAAACCAGGCACACACGUGUCCAUGACUAAAUGAUCAGAGUGUGUCCAUGGGACUGCACAUGUAACCUCUGUUCAGGCUUACUGAAUGGCAGACAUGGAAAAGGCGUACACUUUGAUUGUGUUCUUCCUGCUGCUGAGACUUUCUUUCAUCUUGUGCAGUUUUCCAGAAGCCAGUUGUUUUUGGAGAAUAAAUCACAAUGAACAUCUUGAGAGCAACAUGAGGAAGGACUGUGGUUUCAUCCUUUUCACAAUACCUGUUCAUCUAGUGGAAGAUUACUUCAGGGUGCUGCUGGAUUUUCCUUUGCCAGUGAACACAUACCCAUAUGUUCUGGUAAUGCUUUUUGCCAUAGAAGAGAUCAACAAGAACCCUAAUCUUUUACCUAACUCUACCUUGGGAUUUACCUUUCUUGGUGACCAGUGUGAUAUUACAUCAACAAAUCUCAAUAACCUAAACAUGCUCUCAAAGUCUGGUGAGAUUAUUCCUAAUUAUAUCUGUGAGUAUAGUGACUGUGAUGUAGCACUCACAGGACCAACAUGGACAGUUUCUGCCCGAGUGGCAACACUCCUGCAGCUCUUCAAAAUUCCACAGGUGAUGUUAAAUGUUACAUAUGGACCAUUUCAUGAUAGUCUGAGUGACCAUGAUCUGUUUCCUCAUCUAUAUCAGAUCGCCCCAAAGGACACAAGCCUCGUUCUUGCCAUGGUAUCCUUGAUGAUUCAUUUCAUCUGGAAAUGGGUGGGACUGGUUAUCUUAGAUGAUGACCAGGGUGUUCAGUUUCUCUCAGAUAUGAAAGAAGAAAUGAAGAUAAAUGAAAUUUGUUUAGCUUUUGUGAAUAUGAUCCCAGCAAACAUGCAGUUAUACAUAGAAAGGGCUGAGACUUAUUAUUUUCAAAUAAUGACAUCAUCAGCAAAAGUUGUCAUCAUUUAUGGUAAUGUGAACUCUACUCUAGAAGUGAGCUUUAGAAGAUGGGAAAUGUUAGGCAUAUGGAGAUUGUGGAUCACUACCUCACAAUGGGAUGUCAUCUCAAGGUCCAGAGACUUCACCAUUGACUCUUUCCAUGGGACUUUGUCUUUGUCCCACCAUUAUCGGGAGAUUUCUACUUUUAAGCAUUUUAUUCAGAAAACAAACUUUUCUGCUUACCCAGAAGCUGUUUCUCUGGUGAGAUUGGGAUGGAUCUAUUUUAACUGUUCAGUAUCUGUAUCUGAAUGCAAGACACUGAAUCAUUGCUUAUCUAAUACUAUAUUGGAAUUAUUACCAUGGCACAGUUUUGACAUGGCCAUGAAUGAUGAACGUUACAACAUAUAUAAUGCUGUUUAUGCUGUGGCCCAUGCCUUUCACAAUAUGCAUCUCCAAGAAGUAGACAUAAAAGUAUGGGAAAGUUGGGAAGGGCUAAUACCUAGAUGCAUGCAGGUAAAUCACUUUCUGAAGAAUGUAAGAUUUAUUAAUCCUAUAGGAGACCCAGUGAAUAUCAAUCAAGGAAGAAAUUUAGAUGCAAUGUAUGACAUUCUCAACGUUUUGCAUUUUCCACAAGGUUAUGUACUAAAGGUGAAAGUAGGACAGUUAUCUCCUUAUUUUGCACAUGAUCAACAACUGUUCUUAUCUGAAGACAUGAUAGAGUGGGCCACAGGAAGUAGACAGUUUUCCACUUCUGUGUGCAGUAUGCCUUGCUAUCCUGGUUUCAAGAAAUCCCAUCAGGAAGGAAAAGCAGACUGCUGUUUUGAUUGUUCCCGAUGUCCUGCCAAUGAGAUUUCUAACACCACAGACUCAGAGGAGUGUGUGAAGUGUCCAGAAGAUUGGUAUGCCAACACAGAGCAAACCCACUGCCUGCCAAAAGCUGUGACAUUUCUGGCUUAUGAAGAUCCUUUGGGGAUGGCUCUUGUCUGCCUGGCCCUGUGCUUCUCUGUACUUACAGCUCUUGUCCUUGGGGUCUUUCUGAAGCACAGAGAAACUCCCAUUGUGAAGGCUAAUAACCGUACUCUCAGCUAUAUUCUACUAACGGCCCUUAUAUUUUGCUUUCUCUGCUCCUUGCUCUUUGUUGGAAAUCCAAAUACUACAACAUGUAUCCUACAGCAGACUACAUUUGGAAUUCUGUUCACUGUGUCCGUGUCCACAGUCUUGGCCAAAACUCUUACUGUGGUUCUGGCCUUCAGGAUCACUGUUCCAGGCAGAAGAAUGAGGGGAUUGAUGGUAUCAAGGAUAUCUAAAUACAUCAUUCCCAUCUGUACAGUUGUCCAAAUAAUUCUCUAUGGAAUAUGGCUAUGGACAUCACCUCCCUUUGUUGACAUCGAUACACACUCUGAACAUGGCUGCAUUACCAUCACAUGCAGCAAAGGCUCAGUUACGGCAUUCUAUUGUGUUCUUGGAUACUUAGGAUCUCUGGCCCUAGUGAGCUUCACAGUGGCUUUCUUGGCCAGGAAUCUACCUGACACAUUCAAUGAAGCCAAGUUCCUGACAUUUAGCAUGCUGGUGUUCUGCAGUGUCUGGAUCACCUUCCUUCCUGUCUACCAUAGCUCCAAGGGAAAAGUCAUGGUAGCAGUUGAAGUGUUUUCUAUUCUGGCCUCCAGUAUGGGCCUGCUAGGGUGUAUCUUUAUCCCGAAAUGCUACAUUAUUUUGUUAAGACCAGACAGAAACUCAAUUCAAAAGUUCCGAGACAAAACACACAGUUGAAUCAAUGAAUAUUUCUUAAAUUUUAAAUCAUGUGUGAAGUUAUUGCAUAGCUUGAAGAAAAUUGUUUUAUUACAAACCUCAAAUAUUAGAUUUAACAUGUUAUUUGUAUGCAUACAAGUUAAUCAUAUUUAAUUAUAUUUGUUUUAAUUAUUUUUUAUUAAUCAUUUUACUCAUUGACAUUUCAUAUGAUAUCCCACUUCCUGGUGAUCCCUCCACAAACAUUUCAUCCCAUUCAUUCUGUCUCCCUUCCCCUUUGCCUCUAUAAGUGUGCUCCUCUAAUCACUUACAUACACCUGCCUCACAACUCCCGCAUCUCCCUACACUGGGGCAUCAAUCCUCCACAGGACCAAGGACCUCUCCUCCAACUGAUGUCAAAUAAGGCCAUCAUGUUCUACAUAUGUAUUUGGAGCCAUGAAUCCCUCCAUGUAUACUGUUUGGUUUGUGGUUUAAUCUCUAGGUGCUCAGGGUGGUCUGGUUAGUUGAUAUCCUUCUUCAUACAGGGUUAUGAUUCCCUUGAUCUUUUCAGUCCUACCCUUAGCUCCGACACUAGGGUCCCUGUGCUGAGUCCAAUGGUGAGUUGUGAGUAUCUGUAUCUGUAUUAAUCAGGUGCUGGUAGAACCUCUCAGAGAACAUCCAUACCAGGUUCCUGUCAGCAAGCACGUCUUGGCAUCAGCAAGAGUGUGUGGGGUUGCUAUCUGCAGAUGAAAUCCAACCCUAGGUGGGGUGGUCUCUGGCUGGUCUUUAAUUUAGUCUCUGUUCCAUUUUCUCCUGUCUUUCCUUUGCACAGGAACAUUUCUGGGUUAACAGUUUGAGAUGGGUGCAUCCUCCCAUCUCUCCACUGGGGGUCGUGUCUGUCUACCUGAGGUGUUCUCUGCAGGUUGCAGCUCCCCUUUGCUGAAUAUUUUGGUGAAAAUGAUGGACAGUGGGUCCUGGAAGCCUUUGACUUUCCUGGGAUUUGGGACAUCCUAGUGCCUACCUCCAGGUCCCCAUAUCUCAGUGCUACAUAUUUCUCUAAUAGUUUUGGCCCUCUGUACUUCUCUCUUAUCCUUUCCAAUAUCUGCCCCUGCUCCCCCAUUUUCCCUUCCCCUGCCUCCCUCCCUCUACCUCCUAUGAUUAUUUUGUUCCCCCAUCUUGUAGGAUUGAUGCACCUACACUUUGGUCUUCUUAAGCUCCAUAUAGUUCUGAAGUUGUAUAGUGGAUAUUUUGCGCUUUUGGGCUAAUGUCCACUCAUCAGCGAGUGUAUUCCAUGUGUGUUCUUUUGUGUAUUGGUUACUUCACUCAUGAUGAUAUUUUCUUGUUCCAUCCAUUUGCCUGUGAAUUUCAUGGAACUAUUAAUUUUAAUAGCUGAGUAAUACUCUAUUAUGUAAAUACUAUAUUUUCUGUUUGGAUUCUUCCUUUAAGUGACAUCCAGGUUCUUUCCAGCUUCUGGCUAUUGUACAUAAGGCUGUUAUGAACACAGUGGAGCAUGUACCUUUGUUGUAUGUUGGAACAUCUUUUGGGUAUAUGCCAAAGAGUGGUAUAGCUGAGUACUCAGGUAGUACUUUAUUCAAUUUUCUGAGGAAACUACAGACUGAUUUCCAGAGUGGUUGUAACAGCUUGCAAUUCUACCUGAAAUGGAAGAGUCUUCCUUUUUCUCUACACCCUCAGUAGCAUCUAUUGUCACCUGAGUUUUUAAUCUUAGCCAUUCUGACUAGCAUGAUGUGGAACCUCUGGAUUGUUUUAAUUCACAUUUCCCUGAUGACUAAGGAUGUUCAACAUUUCUUUAGGUGCUUCACAGCCAUUAGAUAUUCUUAAGUUGAGGAUUCUUUGUUUAGUUCUGUACAUCAAUUUUAAAAGGGUUAUUUGGUUCUCUGAAGUCUAACUUUUUGAGUUCUUUGUAUAUUGGAUAUUAGCCCUCUUUCAGAUGUAGGACUGGUAAAGAGCUUUUCCCAAUGUGGUGGUUGUCAUUUUGUCCUAAUGACAAUGUCUUUUGCUUUACAGAACCUUGCUAAUGUAUGAGAUCCCAUUUGUUGAUUCUUGAUCUUAGAGUGUAAGCGAUUGGUGUUCUGUUAAAGAAAAUGUCCCCAGUGCCCAUGUUUUUGAGUAUCUUUCCCAUUUUAUCGUCUAUUAGUUUGAGUGUAUCUGGUUUUAUGUGGAUAUUCUUGAUCCACUUGGACUUAAGCUUUGUACAGGGUGGUAAGUAUGGAUCGAUUUGCAUUCUUCUACAUGCUGACAUCCAGUUGAACCAGCACCAUUUGUUGAAAAUGCUAUCUUUUGUCCACCAGAUGAUUUUAGCUCCUUUGUCCAAGAACAAGUGACCAUAGGUGUGUGGUUUCCUUUCUGGGUCUUCAAUUCCAUUCCACUCAUCUACCUGCCUGUCUCUCUACCAAUACCAUACAAUUUUUAUCAGUAUUGCUCUGUAAUAUUGCUUGAGGUCGGGAAUGGUGAUUCUCCUGGAAAUUCUUUUAUUGUUGAGGAUAGUUUUCACUAUCCUAGGUUUUUUGUUAUUCCAAAUUAAUUAGCAAAUUGCUCUUUCUGACUCUGUGAAGAAUUGAGUUGGCAUUAUGAUGGGGAUUACAUUGAUCUGUAGAUUGCAUUUGGUAAAAUGGUCAUUUUUCCUAUAAUAAUCCUGCCAAUCCAUGAGCAUGGGAGAUCUUUCCAUCUUCUGAGAUCUUUAAUUUCUGCUUUUAGAGACUUGAAGUCCAGUUUAUACAGGUCUUUCACUUUCUUGAUUAGAGUCACAUCAAGGUGUAUUACUUGCCACUUGGGUCUGUUUCUCUAAUUUCUUUUUCAGUCUGUUUAUUCUUUGAGUAGAGGAAGGCUACUGAUUUGUUUGAGCUAAUUUUAUAUCCAGCCCCUUUGCUGAAGUUGUUUGUCAUGUGUAUACUAUCAUAUCUUCUUCUCCUUCUCCUUCUCCUUCUUCUCCUUCUUCUCCUUCUCCUCCUUCUCCUCCUCCUCCUCUUCCUCCUCUUCCUCCUCCUCCUCCUCCUCCUCCUCCUCUUCUUCUUCUUCUUCUUCUUCUUCUUCUUCUUCUUCUUCUUCUUCUUCUUCUUCUUCUUCUUCUUCUUCUUCUUCGUCUUCUUCUUCUUCUUCUUCUUCUAACCUUUUCUUUCUCAUUUACUCCCAGAUGGAUCAUUAAUAUUAAUAUCACAGUAUUAAACAUAAAUAACUUUAAAAGCUGUCCACUAUUUACAAAUUAAACUAGUUCAAACUAGUCCAGUCUCUUUUAAAAUAUCAGCUCUUUAAAAAUCCAAAAUCUCUUUUAAAAGUUCAAAGUCUUUCAUCUGUGGGUUCCUGUAAAAAUCAAAAUUAAGUUCUUCCCUUUUUCUUCACAAGAGAAGAAUCAGGGUACAAUCAUAAUCUGAACCAAACAAAACCAAACUCCAACAGUGUAAAUAACUUGAUGUUCAGGAUCUGUGAUUGACUUCACAAUCUUCUUGUCUCCUCCAAAGGCUUAGGUCACGUCUCCAGCUCUGCCCUCUACAGCACACACAGCUUGUCUCCUAGGCUGAGGCUGGCUCCACACUAUUGCUGUUACUGUUCUUGGUGGUCAUCCCAUGGUACUGGCAUCUCCAAAACUAUUGGGGUAUCUUGCUUCAACUAGGUUGCAUUUUCACCAAUAGCCUCUCCUGGGCU